GGCCGACCUGGGCUCGGGCUGACCCUGCGCGGCCCCUGCCAGACCGCACUUGCCAACAGCACCCUGGUAGAGGUCUGCGUGAACGCCGCCGGCCCCUUCCUCAGCCUCACCACCUGGCUCAACUGCACCACAGGUAUGGUGCGCAGCACUGGGCCCGCCACCCACUAGCCCCUGGCUGCCCUGACCAGGCCAGGCCUUCCCACUCCUGCAGCCUUCUUCCAGGACUACCGCCUGUCUCUGAGCCCCUCAUCUCACAAGGCCACCCUCAUCAUCCCCUACCCAGAGACAGACAGCUGGUACCUCUCCCUACAGCUCAUGUGCCCUGAGGGUCCUGAGUGAGCAAAUCUGGGGCUGGAGGGAGGACAUUUAGGGCUGCCAGUGGGGGACAGGCAGCAGAAGGCUGAAACAUUGCCUUCAGGACCAGGGGCGAGGCCACCCGCUUCGAGUCUGGGAGUGACCCAUCUUCCUGCAGGGUCACUUGCCCUCUGGGAAUCGGGAGAGAUCCCCUUCCUCGCCUGACCACCCCUCCUGCCAGAACACAGGAGGGAGGACUAGCCUAGGACACAGCCCUGAGCAGACCAGGACUUGGGACAGAGCACGGGGAAAAGGGCAUCAUGGCCUCGGCAGAUCUCAUGGCCGCUGUCCUCCAGGGCUUAGAGCCCGGGAGCCUCAGUUCUGGGUUCAUGUGUACAAGAGCCUGGCAGGGACCUGGCGGGGGAUGGGCCAGCAGACCGCAGCGGCCUUCCCAGGGUCCUUUCUCGCAGGGAGAGUGAGCAGGCUCUGGUCCUGGUGGAAACCGCCUCGUACUUGGUGCCCUGCCUGAGUGACUGCGGGCCCUAUAGCCAGUGCCUCCUGCUGCGCAGACACAGCUACCUGUAUGUAGGCUGCAGCUGCAAGCCAGGUGAAGGCCAGGCCCCAGUUCCUGCCUGUGGCUUCCCAGCCUCCGAGGACUCUGCCAAGGCUGGGAACUGCUUCUGCAGCAAGGGCAGAUGUCCCCUCCCCACUCCUCUCUGUUCUAGGCAAGCACAGAGGUGACUGAGAUGACUUCACCUCUUGACCUUGGCCUUCUCUGCCCACACCUGUCCCACAGCUGCCUGUGUGCCCACACCUUCUCCAUACCUGUCUAUACCUGCUGCCCACACCUGCCAUCACCUGCCCACAUGUGCCCCAUACCUGCCCUCACCUACUUCACCUGUCCAUACAUGCCCAUGGCUGCCCAUAGCUCCUCUCAUCUGCCCACACAUGUCCCAUACCUGUCUUAUAACUGCCCACAUCUGCUCACACCUUCCCUAUACCUGUCUACACCUGCCCACACCUGCCCUAUACCUGUCUGCAUCUGCCCACUCUGGCCUACGUCUACCCACACAUGUUCCACACCUGUCCCGACCUGUCCCAGCCUGUUACUGAGAGAAGGGCUUCUCUGCAGGGCACUGGGUGAGGAGCAGGCCCUGAGGUUCAAAGGGCCCAGCCUCAGCCCCCUUGGUGUAACAUUGGCCACAGGCUGGCGUGGGUGGAGCUGCACAGACAGGAGCACAGCCCAGACAGGAGGCCAGCAAAGGCCAGCCGCGCCCCUGCUCACCCCAGCAGCCUCAUGCCCCUGGCUCCCGUCGCUGUGUCCACGCACCGCUCCCUCCCGGUGGAGGCUUCCGUCUAUGCCAGCACUAUGUUCUUCUCCAUGGUGGGCCUCUCCUCUGCUGUGGGGAGGGUGGGGAGAUUUGCGCCACACCCACCUCCCUGCCUUGCAGUUCUGCCACGCCUGCGACUAGCCUGGGGAGGUGGUGCUGUGCAUCCUCAGCUAUGACACGCUGCAGUGCUUGGACUUCUUGGGCUCUGGAGUAUCCAUCUGGGUCAUCAUCCUCUGCAUGGCGUGGCUGAAGGCAGCCCUGAAAUACGUGAGUGUGCUCCCAAUCCCCGGGACUGGGCUCUGGCAGAGCAGAGGAGCUCGCGUGCAGCGCGUCGUGGGACAGACCAGAAGGAGGGCGUGCUGCUGUUCGAGGAUGCCCACUUGAAGGAGCUGCUUUCAGAUAUCAAGGCACUGUGCUGGCAGGUUGGAGGUGCCAGGACAGGAAGGUGGUGGGCAGGGUUAAGUAAGGCCCCCAGCCUGUCUCUCCUGGGGCCCCAUUUGGUGAGAAGGCCUCACCCGAGGCCAGAAGUCCCUGAGAGGCUGUCAGUUACGCUCCUGGAAUCCCUGGUGCCAGGGGCACUGUGGGGACUUUUCUGCCAAUCCAGGCCUGGCUACUGAAGAUGCAUGCCUGGUGCCCUGCUGGGCCAAGUUUUGCCUCAGAAACUCACUUGUGGAUGGAUCAAGACGCUAUGGCUCCCAGUCGUGCAGGAGCUGGGGGAGGCCCACCUUCUUCCCAGUCAACGGAGCAGGACAACAUGUGCCAGCAGUUCUGAGGUUCUGUUUCUUCUGGGCAUGCUGGUGUUUGCCAUGUCCUUGCAGCUGGACCGCAGGGGCGCCUGGAACAUGAUGGGGCCUUGUUUGUUUGCCUUUGCAGUCAUGGCCACCAUGUGGGUAAGGAGCUGGGGCAACCUCAUGCUCCUGGCCCACACCCCUUCCCUGGUGACUGGGGUUGGGGCAUGGUCUCUCCACUCUGUGGGAGAACAGAGCCCAGCCCCUCACUCUGGCCACGCCUCUCACCCUGGGCCUGAGUCCUGCACACCUGCUGAUGCCACAGGUGGCCCCCUUGGGGCCCAGCGUGCCUCAUGCCUGAGGACCCCUCAGGUCUUUGUGCCAGUGAGUCCCCUCCAAGCAGCCCACACCUGUGGUCCCCUGCUCGGGCCUGGGCAGGCUAGGAGUUGUAGCCACCCCUGCCCAACCCCCCCACCAUUCUCAUGUGGCGGUUUUCUCCAGGUAUACCUCUGUGGACACCGGCGCCACUGCUACCCCACCUCCUGGCAGCGCUGGGCCUUCUGCCUCCUGCCUGGCAUCAGCAUGGCUGUUGUGGCCAUUGCCAUCUAUACCUCUAUGACCACCAGUGACAACUACUACUACACCCACAGCAUCUGGCACAUGCUCCUGGCAGGGAGUGCCACCUUCCUGCUGCCGCCGAGGGAUGCGCACACCAAGCCCUGGGCCUGUUCGCAGGAGCUCCCCUGCCACUAUCAGAUCUGCAGGAACCACCAGGAGGAGCUGUACCGCGGUGGCGUGACAGGGUCAUGGCAGCUCUCAGGAUGACCUCUCCAACCAGGGGCAGGACUGAGGGAGAGGGACCCUGUGCAGAUCAAUUUCCAGCUGAAUAAAAUUGCCCUACACACCUGUUUGCUUUCUCCUCCUGAGGAGAGAACCGCAUGCCCCAGCUCCCCUGUGCCCACUGCCUGGCUGUUGCGGUCCCCCUGCGGGUCCUAGCUGGUGUUUGCAGCGGCCCCUGGACCUGGGCCUGGCUGCCUGGAGAACACAGUUACCAUGUGGGGAAGGCUGUGUGUUCUGACCAGGGGAUGGUUGGAGAGGUAGGGAAAGAUCCUGCCAAGGCUGUGAUUGACCCAGAGGGACAGAGGAGGCCUUAGCCCACCUCCCACAGGUCCCCAUUGCUAAGGCUGGGGACUGUGCCCUCCCUGCAUCCCUGGCUCCGACCACUGUGUGCCCCUGAAUGCCAGCCUGCCUCAGGCUUGGGGAUGUCCCCACGCUGAUGCGGUUGCUGUAGGGAGAGGUGACUACAAUCACCAGGCCCCUAAUGGGCCCUGGGGUACGCAGAGGCCAGAUGCCGUGAGACUAGGAGCAGCUGGCUUCUGGUCCAGCCCCGCCCCUCUCCUCCCUUCGGAGUUCCAGGCCCCCAAGAAGAGCUUCCUGUGGAGAGGGCUGCCCAGCUGCCCUGGCUCUGGGGGUGCCGGCACCACAGGCCCCCCCUUUCCCUAACCUUGUGUCUGCACCCACUCUGGGACCCAGGGCCCUUGUAUGGGGAGCAUACUCUUCAGCUGCCACCAGGAGAGGAGGGGACGGCCGCUGCCCUGCACUGGUCCAACCUUCAUUUGGGGAGCAGGCUCCUGCGGACCUGGCCCAGCCUCUCUCUUUCCUCUGUGGGGGAAGCAGGGUAAAAGAGAUGAAACUGCCCCAGGAGCCGUGCCCCGCUCUCCCUAAGGCGCCAAGGCAGGGCCGCUGCCUGUGGGAUGGGUGCUGGGCGGGGCCAUGGGAAGCUGAGGGGGAAGGUUCCGCUUGCAGCCCUCCCACCUUCUGGUCUAGGGGCAUCCCUUCUCUGUCCUGUCCGGUUGUGGCCUCCACUGGCUCUGAUUUCGCUGUGAUUGGUGAAUAUUCUACAUUGAUAUUUCAAGGCAAAUAAAUGGGUUAUCUUGCUGUCUGUGCCUCCGGGAGGAGGUGGGUGGGAGUGAGGGGGGAUCCUGCCCGGAGGGGAUCCCGCCCCGCCUCUCCCCGCCCCGCCCAGGUUGCAGCUCGCAGGAGACGCCGCCGCACUUGCAGACGGUGCUUGGCGGUGCCGCCGUGUCUGUAGGGCGUUUUCCACGGUCCCUAAAGAUGGAAGAAAACAGGGCGAGACGAGGGUUAGACGGACGGGUGUUGCAGCCAGUCAGCGGGGGUAGAGCGUGGGGUCUCCAGUUCCAGCGCUGCACAGAUCUUGGAAGGCGCGCCGCGAUGCCCCUGCACAAGGUCCCGGUCCUCUAGUGGAAGCAGCUCCUGCUGCGCGAGGGCUUGUGCUCCCGUCUGCCCAGCCACUACCUACGCUCCCUGGAGGAGGCGCGGACGCCCACGCCCGUGCACUACAGGCCGCACGGGGCCAAGUUCAAGAUCAGUCCCAAGAACGGGCAGUGGGAGCGCGUGGAGGACGUGCCCAUUCCCAUUUACCAUCCCCCGGAGUCCCAGCUGGGGCUGUGGGGCAGCGAGGGCUGGAUCCUGGGCCACAGAUACACCAACAACGACAAGCUGUCCAAGAGGGUGAAGAAGGUGUGGAAGCCACAGCUGUUUCAGCGUGAGCUCCACAGUGAAAUCCUGGAUGCAACCUUCAGUGUGACUGUGACCAUGAGGACCCUGAAUCUCAUUGAUGAGGCCUAUGGGUUUGACUUCUACAUCCUCAA